CAACGAGCCAGCAAUUUGGCUUCAUAUUCCAUCAACGAUAUCUCGGUACGACUAUUGAGCGGGAUUUGUUGGUCCGUCCGCGGAAGCGAUGGGUGACCCUCUAUCAGUAAUAUCUGGAGUCGCAGGGAUCAUCGCAUUGGCGACUGCGACGGCUCAGGGCCUGGUAUCGUUGAUUCAGGAAAUAAAAGAUGCGCCCCAAGAUAUCCGCGAACUCGGCUUGGAGCUUGACAGCCUUUCGUCGGUGCUGCAAUCUACGAAGCAACUAUGCGCGACUAAUGAAAUCCGAAUCAAUGACGCUACACUUGUUGAAACAGUCACCGGUUGUGUGCAGCACAGCUCUGUCAUUAUGGAAGGCUUGAAGACUACACUUGAGCCAUUUGUUGAUGGCGGCAAUUGGCGGAGGCGUUCAAUGAGAGCAUUCAACUGGACAAUGCGGAAAGGGGAUAUUAGGACCCAGCGCUCUCGGUUCCGAGAUGGAACAGCGAGACUCACGUUGGCUGUAUCGGUCCUCAAUGGCCACUUGACUGGUAAAGGACAGGACGAGAUCCGGAACGACAUUGCCAUCGGGUAUGAGAAGCUUUCAGCUCAAUUUCAAAGCCCCGAGAACGGAAAGAGAUUGAGGAGGAGACUAGAAUCAGAUUUGGAAAGCGUCACAGCGGGACACCGACGCGGCUCGGGGUCUGUCAUCACCGAUGCUGGCCUCCCAAUGAGAAGAUUUCUAGAGCGAGAGGAUUCCUACGACGUUCUAGAAGAGCCCGUUCUAACAGACACAUUACCCUUGAGCAGUCCUGAUCUAUCCAACGAGCCACUGCUCAUCAAAGCCGCCAAAACCGGCAACAGAAACCUCAUUCUUCAGCUCCUCUCCACAGGCUCCUCGACACGUGAAAGAGGUUCCGAUGGUCGCACUGCCCUUCACUACGCGGCCAUUCACGAUGACGGCGAGACAGCACGCCUCUUACUCGAACACGGUGCAGAGGUGAAUGCCAAGGACAAUACCCUCGAUACCCCCUUCAAACUCGCAACGAGUGGAGAAUCAAUCAACGCCCAGGCUGCAGUAGUUCUCGUCGAGAAAGGCUGCGCCAUGGGCGACUUCCCGUCACGGCUUAUCGGGGCUAUUGCUGCUGCAGAGGAACCUGAGAGCUUGCGCCCACUAAUCUCGCUAAUCAUAAAGAGGAGAUUGAAUUCAGGCGCACGAGGUCCCUUUCUACUCCACCAGGCGAUUGUGAUGAAGGAUGACGCGUGUUUGAGGAUUCUUCUCGAAGAGGGACUUGACCCCGAACAACGGGAUACAUAUGGCAUUGCACCAAUAAUGCACGCACUUUUACACCGCAGAUUAACUGCAGUGCGGAUAUUGCUCGAUCACAGCGCAAACAUAGAUGCCUAUCUCCCACGGUAUCAGCCUGGCGAUAUCAACAUUGAUCAAGAUUAUCUGAAGCGCCUACCAAGCGAGUCAAUGCAUGGGGAGACCCCAAUGUCUCUCUCAUUCCACUGGGAUGACAUCACCCUCACUCAAUUUCUUCUCCAGGCUGGAGCCAAUCCGAAUUUCCGGUUCCCCGACUUCGACCAAUCCACUGAUCUGGACACGCUCGCUCACGCCGAGGGAGAAAGCUUGCUCAAUAGGUGUUGCGCAUUCCGCCGGUUGGAGUAUGCCAAGCUGCUCAUCAAAGCUGGGAUAGAUGUCAACCAUAAGAUUUUGUCCACGGGAGAAAGUCCCCUGUACUGGAGUAUUGUGUGCGGCACUCCGGAGCUGUUGGACAUUUUGAUCGAAAACGGCGUAGACGUCAAUCUCUCUCUUACUUCACGUAUGGGCAAUAUGUCCGCUUUACACGUCGCUGUACAAUACGAGCAGAUUGAGAUGGCUCGCGUCCUGAUUGAGCAUGGGGCGGAUCUGAGGCGAAAGAAUUCCCGGAAUGAAACGCCGCAAGAACAGGCGCAAAGGUCGGGAAACGAUGGCCUCAUUCUGUUGUUUGAGCAUGUAGUUCAAGAUACCCAAGAACAGAAAGCUGAAAGUCCAUAGUAAUAGGGCUUUUAAGACCUCUUCCACUCAUUUAUAGUACUAGGUGAAUAAUACCUAUACAAACAACGAGAAGAUCCAGG